CGUUCUACACCUAUAGCUGCCAAAGUUCUUUCCCGUGGGUAACACAUUGCAGCCACAGAACCGGGGAUCAUGGUUAGGCAGGUUCCUGAUUGACUGUGCCCAGCAAAACCUAGGUUGCCUGCCUUAUACCUUGCGGCGGGGGUGUGGACUGGAUGCGAGCCAACGAUACCAACUUAUGACCCUGUCUAGAAUACGACCAAAACGUCAUUAGGGAUACCGCGAGGGUCAGGCCUUCCGCUUCUGGGCACCCCUUCUUACGAGCUUCGCCCCAGCAGGGUGAAUAUUCAACUAUCCAAAGUGCCUUCGUCAUCAACCUAACCGCGCGCCCUUGAAGACCGGCGACGGAUACAACCUCGCUUCUGCCUGUACGUGAACGGAAAUAUAAAGCCAGCGCAGAAUCUUCUUCAGAAUGAGCAAGAACGAGCAACAGCGUCUUCAACACUCUACGAGUUCCACCUCAUCUCCCCAAGCAUCACCCAUCCAGACAAGAUACACCCCGCAAGAAGCUGACGACCUCCUUCGCAAGCUCCAAGAGACUACAAUUGAAGCUCUGAGAACAUCGAGCAACGACAUGGACUCCAGCAACUCCUACGGCGGCGGCGGCAGCAGCUCCAAGGGCACCUCUCCUGAUGACGGGAGCAAAUCUUACGACCAACCUGUCAUAUUCGACGGCCUCCUUCCUCGGAUAGAGACAAGAGGACAAAGCAAACAUGCCUCCAAGAAGAAAAGCGGCAAGAAGAAGGAAGACAAGAGCUCAAGUCAACAGUAUGUGCCCUCGACAGACGACAAGACGACAGGCGCUAACGCUUCCCACGCAAGAUGAAGAGGCUUCUAGCGGCCAUGUAUGAUUGUCAUGUGCUGAAGCGUAAGCUGAGGCCAGUUCCCUGGCGCGGUUUGGCCGUCACGAUGCGGUACGAGCUAUACAUGGCACCAUACUUGGCUUGGAUUUUGGCG